AUGACUGAGGUCAUGAAUGGAUCUAUCUGGUUGGUGGCCAGUUCUGAGUUACCAUUAGUUCCAGAUCCAUCAUGGUUUCGAGCUUUGACAAGCUUCAAGGCCUACCUACAGCAACGGUCUGUGUUAGACUACGACUUGAUUAGCCCUCGCUAUGACAUUAUUCGAAGCUUGGAUAACGCCAAGAGCUCCGUCGCUUUCUUUCGACUCUUCACCACUAAAAACAUCAAUCCAACCCUUGUCGCCUUUAGCUGGCUUCAAACUGCCAAUUACACUACACCAUUCGGCGCUUCGAGACGAUUGUACUGA